GGGAACUCGGGCCUGACCCAAUCGCUAUCACGGGCGCCGUACAGCGGUUGAAUUUCCGACUUGGACCGAUCUCGGGCAAGGGUUGACUUGCCGAAAAGGCAUUGCUUUUCCUCGCCUGAGCCAGCAGAACAUGUCCUAACCACCACGACAUCGCCAAUUGGAUUUCUGCAGCUUCCUUACUGUUGGUUUGGCCCCGGAGGUGUUGGAGUCUUCUUAUUUAGCCCGAUUCCCUGCUGGACGUCCUGCCCGCAACGCAACAUCGUCGUUCGCUCCCGCAUCUGCUACCUCCCUAUCACACCACAAAAAAUGGCGGGCGCAUUUUCAUCUGAGCUCGUCAACGGCGUCUACAUACCCGCAGGCUUGCUUAUCAUAGGUACGGCAAUUAUCAAACUAGAGUGGUUACCGUUUGCUGUAGCUUUAGCAGCUCUUCUCGGUGCAUACAAAGUUCUCGGCUCAGGCUCGCGCAAAGUCCUUGACCCGGUCAAAUUUCAGGAAUUUGAGCUCAAGGAGAAGACAGUUUUAUCGCACAAUACCGCGAUAUACCGAUUCGCUCUGCCGAGGCCAACCGACAUCUUGGGCCUGCCCAUAGGUCAGCACAUCUCUCUUGCAGCCACACUGACGGUUGAUGGCAAGCCUAAGGAGAUCGUUCGUUCCUACACGCCGGUUUCUUCGGACAACGACAAGGGAUACUUUGACCUUCUCAUCAAAGCAUAUCCCACUGGCAACAUUUCCAAGCAUGUUGCAAGCAUGCAAAUCGGCCAAAAGAUAAAGACAAGAGGUCCCAAAGGCGCCAUGGUUUAUAGGCCUGGGCUCGUGAGACGAUUUGGCAUGAUUGCUGGCGGAACUGGCAUCACGCCUAUGCUGCAGAUCAUCCGCGCCAUUCAGCGAGGGAGAGCUUCGGGAGACACCACUGAGGUCGACCUGAUCUUCGCUAACGUGAACGUUGAAGACAUUUUACUACGGGAGGACCUAGAUGAGCUCGCAAAGAAGGACAAGGGCAUCAGGGUGUACUACGUUCUUAACAACCCUCCAGAGAACUGGAAUGGCGGCGUAGGCUUUGUAACUGCAGAGAUGAUCAAGGAGCAUCUGCCUCCACCUGCGAGCGACAUCAAGAUCCUCAUCUGCGGCCCUCCGCCUAUGGUCAGCGCAAUGAAGAAGGCAACGGAGAGCCUGGGCUACGAGAAGGCCAAGCCUGUAAGCAAGCUCGAGGAUCAGGUUUUCUGCUUCUAAGCGCACCGGAGCUUUGGUAGAUCGCUGGGGAGCAUGCGACAACACAUGUGCCUUUGGCAUACAUGCAAGGAAAAGGGAGAAAGCGUUCAGUUUAUUUUAUUGAAGUGGGCUCAACUUGCGUCGUUGCCCAGGAAAAGAAUGCUUUCUUGGUUGGUCCGGCUCCCAUGAAGACUCAUACAUACAAGCGAGUGCAGUCGAAUCACAUCGUCUCGUAAUUAAAUUAGAUAUUAAAGUCAAAAUAGAAGCUGUUGAACAAGGUGUCAAA